AUGGAAAAGAUCCUGCUACUUUUCAAUUUGUUGACAACAAGAUACACAGGUCAAACAGUUAUUUCAGAGCAGUUUAGAACAAACAUAUUCCUCCUGAGGACUAUCCAUGUUGUCAAUGAUUCCGUCAAAAACAAGGGAUACAAACAAAUAAAUAGCUUUCAUGUUGCGAUAACCACUGACAGAAAAGCACAUUCCACCAAGACCAGAAGAGCACCUGAACCUCCAUUUAAAACUCCUGGAAGAACAAAAUCAAGGUCAAGAUAUGAAGUUGACAAAUACGAACCCCAUGAAGAUAACCCAAAUGAAGAAUACGGGAACUUUUCAGUUGUUUUCCGGAAGAUUAACAACUCAUCAAACCCAGAAAAUGUUGGUAAAGAGGCCUCACCGAACGUCAAAGUGCCUUCAUCAAAGACCAAAAGAGCACCAAUGCCACUGCUAUCCAAUCUUAAAAGAUCAGAUUCAACUCUUUCAUAUGGAGCUAAACCCGUCUCUAUAAAAACUAAGCGAUCCAACAGAAGACAAUAG